CUUUCUCGCUAUUUCUUCACUUCGUCGUCCUUGAGUUCACCUCAUUCUCCCACGUCCAAAAGUGCGCCUGCGACAGCUGACUUUAGUAUUUAUGUUAUUAUCUCUCUGUCUCUUUUUUUUUCCCUCGAUCUCUGAACCCUAAAUUUUGAACUCAUAUCUCGCUUUGAGUUCAGAUCUCAUCUCUUUCUAGCGGUAACGCAGUUUCAGCAGCCCAAAAAAUAUGGCUUUGGUUUUGCAUGCGGGGAACACAAAUAAGAAUGCCUUCAAGGCUCUCAUUGCUGCAGAAUAUAGUGGUGUGAAGGUUGAAUUGGCCAAAGAUUUUGAGAUGGGUGUUUCCAACCAGACCCAUGAGUUUCUCAAAAUAAACCCCAUUGGGAAGGUCCCAGUCCUGGAAACUCCUGAUGGUCCUAUCUUUGAGAGCAAUGCCAUUGCAAGAUAUGUUACACGGUUGAAGGCUGAUAAUCCCCUCUAUGGUUCUUCAUUGAUUCAAUAUGGCCACAUUGAGCAGUGGAUUGAUUUUGCAUCCCUAGAGAUAGAUGUCAAUAUCUUGCGGUGGUUUGUUCCCAGGAUUGGCUUUGCUGUAUAUCUUCCCCCGGCUGAGGAAGCUGCCAUUUCUGCACUCAAGAGGGCCUUGGAAGCCGUAAACACACAUCUCGCUUGUAAUACCUAUCUAGUUGGAGACAGUGUGACAUUGGCUGAUAUUGUUAUGACAUGUAACUUGGUUCUUGGAUAUAGCCGGGUCAUGACAAAGAGCUUUACUUCUGAGUUCCCUCAUGUUGAAAGAUACUUUUGGACUAUGGUUAAUCAACCAAACUUCAAGAAGGUUCUGGGUGAAAUAAAACAAACAGAGUCUAUUCCACCGGUUGCAAAAAAGCCUUCUCAGCCUACAAAGCCAAAGGCUAAGGAGGAAUCAAAGAAAGAACCUGCCAAGCCUAAAGAAGAAGCACCUGCACCUGCAAAAGAGGAAGAGGCACCCAAACCAAAGGCAAAGAACCCUCUUGAUCUUCUUCCUCCUAGUAAGAUGAUACUAGAUGAGUGGAAGAGGCUCUACUCCAACACCAAAACCAAUUUCCGUGAGGUCGCAAUUAAGGGAUUCUGGGAUAUGUAUGAUCCAGAGGGAUACUCUUUAUGGUUCUGUGACUACAAGUACAACGAAGAGAACACUGUCUCAUUUGUGACCAUGAACAAGGUUGGUGGAUUCUUGCAAAGGAUGGAUCUUGCUCGGAAGUAUGCAUUUGGCAAGAUGCUGGUGAUUGGAUCAGAACCCCCAUUCAAGGUCAAGGGUCUGUGGCUCUUCCGCGGACAAGAAAUCCCUCAAUUUGUGCUGGAUGAGUGCUAUGACAUGGAACUUUAUGAGUGGACAAAGGUGGAUCUCAGCGAUGAGGCUCAAAAGGAGCGUGUCAGUCAAAUGAUUGAAGAUUAUGAGCCUUUCGAGGGUGAAGCUCUUCUGGAUGCCAAAUGCUUCAAGUGAUUGGUGUUUUAUGACUAACGAGGUCAAGUAGUUUGUCGGUCUGGUUAUACAUGCAUACUCCAUUGUAAUUGCUGCCUCCAUUAACUUCGUUAUAAAAGCGACUUUUCUUUAAUUUACCGGGAAGGGGAAAUGGGGAUUUUUCUUACUAGUUUGCAAGCUUUGUCUGGAGCUCGGCUUGUAGACGGUUUUGCAGGAUCCUAACCAUCUAGUGACAGCAGUGUACUGAAAUUCGUAGUAUGGCAAUCACGAGCAAGUUUUGAUAUGAUAUAUAAUUAAUCCUGUUUGUGGGAUGUUGCAGUA